CAAAAGAGUCGUGGUUCGCGUACGUCGUGGCAAUGGUAGUGACGGAGAGCAACGGUGUAUGGUGUGGUCACUAGGGCCAGCGAGCCAUCGUCGAUGCCACAUCGACUCGCGGUACCGGACCGUGAACAUCAAAACGAAUCUUUUCUCCCGCGUUUACCAUUCUAACGGCGCGUUCUGCACUGAGACACGCAGAUUUACACACGUAUACGUUAUACCGAGACACGCAGAGAACAAGAAACAAAGAGACACAGUGGAAAAGGCGAAGAGUGUGUAUAAUCGUUGAUAUACACGAUAUAAUAGAGCGAGCGUUGAGGGACGAAGAGAAACGAGUUUGCAAACUGGGCCGGUCGUAGUGAAGCUUCAGUCCGGCUCGAGUGAUCGCCGAGUCGCGUGUUUCCUAUCGUGAUAGAAAGUAAACAUACGGAUAGUUCUUGGUUUUUGUCUAUUUUCCUACGGUUUCGGUGCGCGACGCGAGUUUGCCCUUUGUAUCGUUACUUCGUGUUGUUGCACUCGCAUGAAAGAUCGGUAUACGAUUGUGAAUAGAAGUGAGUUAAAAUGACUAUACACAAGAAGACGAGUGGAAAGAGCAAGGGGAGCUCGAAGGAAGUCGCCACGACUUCUUCCAGUUCCUCGGAUAUGACGACCGUUGAGACGGUCGAGAUGGUAUCGUCGACGAGCAUGGUCGAGGAAGCGACACAGAUUAUGGAGAGCGAAUCUAGGAGCAGCGUCGUCGAGGUAACCAGCGCGAGUCGCGAGGUUAUCAUGGAUUCCAAGGGUAACGUAAUUAAGGUGAUCGAGUCUGCUCCUCAGACUGUUGGUCAAAGUACGUCUACAUAUAGAACGGGUAAGAGUUCUCAGGACUUUAUAGCGCAAGAACAGAUGCAGUCUGUUAAACAGGGAAAAACUGUUCGUGACAGUCCACAAAAUGUUAAGGACGUCGAGGUACGUUCGGAUGGACAUCGAGGAGAAACGUUGGAGCAAGUUAGUAGAUCGUCCGAGAGUCGUAGCGAGUCUCGAGCAGAAACUAUUCAGAAAUCUAUAUCCUCUUCAAUGGUCGUGGAAACAUCGUCUUCGAUGGGAGAUUAUUACGAUCAGCUAUCAAAGACGACGUCUUCCAACGGUAUCGUGAACGGUGAUCACGCUCCCAGAAUACAUACGUCAUCAAAAUCGUACGAAAGCAAACAAGCCAGUAAAGAAACGUACGAAGAGACAACCAAGGAUGGAAAAACGUUCGCGAAUAUCUCGAGAAUCCACGAAUCAGGUGAAAAACUCGAUGACAACGGUAGAGUAACAGCCACUCAGAGUCGCAUCAUUGACAAGGAGACCACGGUCGUACCCUCGGACGUAGGUCGAGUUAAACAUACGGAUGAUGUCAGAAUUGCCAGUAACAAGGUCAUCCUCGAUUCUUCCUCCAACGCCACUGUUAGCGAAAGCACCGCGAAGAGCAGCGUAAAAGCGGACAAAAUUAGCGACGUUGUCACGCGGUGCAACAAACCCGGCCAGUCUACGUGGGAUGGCACGUUUAUUAGCGAAAGUCCGGCUAAAGACAAGGACGUCUCGAGAAACGUCGAUACGUCUCGAACAGACCGGGACAGUCUCGACAAGGCAAAAAUAGAUCGCUUGGUGUCCAAAGUUAACACCGAUAAUGUACAAGAGAGCAUGUCGAGCAUUGAAAUCUCUGAGAGUUCGUUUAUCGAUCAGCGUUCAUCGUCGACGGUAAUACAGGACUCGAAAAUUAUCAUCGACGAGGGUCGUUCUAGCUCGACUAACAUCGAAAGUUUUGAUCGAAACGUUAACUCGAUCGGUCGCGACAUUCACGAACAUGUUUCUGAAGACACGAUCGAUUUUGCCGGAGGACAGAGGCAAGUUACGACGGAAGCACACUCGAAAGGUUCGACUCGAUACACGAAACCUGGAGAGUCUACGUGGGACGGUACUUUUAUGGUCGAAAAAACACCAGAACCGAGAAAAAGAAACGUGUCAGAUGCUUCUGUCUUUCAUCAUAUUGGUGGCGAUAAUGUUAUAGAAUCAACACAGAGAACGGAUUUCAAGGAGAAAAGUUCUGACGGAUCUUACGAAAAGAAAUCUUCGAACGUUGUCCACGUGGUACAAGGCGGCACGGACUCUUCGAGGUUCAUUUCGGAAGAACGCAAAGAUGUCACAGAGGAAAUUUACAUCGAUGGAAAACCUGUUAGUAAAACAGAGCUAUUAAGAGACAGAUCGUCGUCUAGUAGAGGAGAAAAAAUUACGAGACCCGGUGAUUCAACGUGGAACGGACAAUUCGUAUACGAAAAGCCACAGGAUGGCGGUAAGAAAUUAUCGAGUGACAAAACUGUGGUCAGAACAAGCGCGAAAAGACACGAUUCCGUGGAUGUUCAAGACGUCACGGAGGAGCAGAAUAUCUCCAGUAUGUCAGAGUCUGUUUCGUCUUCGUACGUCGUGGAAUACGCUACAUCCACCGACGAGAAGAAAAAAACUAGCGAAAAGGUGACCUCUGUUUCUGAAAUAAUUAUAGAAGAAGAUUCCGGAGAUGGAGGUUCUCCUCGACGAUCAACUCCAGAAAAAUCAGUUACCCGUGACACUACUUCGCGGUGUUACAAACCUGGUCAAUCCACUUGGGAUGGCAGUUUCGUUUACGAAAAGCCGCAAGUUCAUGAACGUCGAAAGCUGGAUAGCCGAAGGCCGACCGAUUCCAUCGUCAUUCGCGACGUUACAGAGGACAAUUCGAUAAACGAGGCGGAAAUUUCAUCAACGGCUUACGUAGUCGAACAUUCAUCGAGUCAACAGAGUUUCACCGAUGUUAAAGAUUCUAGUUUAUCUUCCGUACACGAGACGAUUGUUUACGAUGUGCAACCUGUUCGCCAAGAUCGUCCAUCGAGCAGAACAUCGAGUAGACCAGAAACUCCCGACAAGACACCUAAAGGAAGAGAUACCAGGCUUACCAAGCCUGGUUCGUCGACCUGGGAUGGAACUUUCGUCAUGGAGAAAUCGCCAGAAACGAAAAGACCGUCUAGCAGAGAAUCUGUUGAUAGACCGGCAGAUAAAAUUCGACCUGAACCAAGAGAAAGUCCAAUACCGAAAUCGAGAAAGCACAUCAGUGAUACCACUUUGGAUAUUCGUGAUACUUCUCAGCAAGUAUCCACUAGUUCAGAAGUUUAUAGCAAUUCCAUUGUAUUGGAACAGUCUACCACACACGAGAGUUAUACCGAUUCGUCAAACGUGGAUUACUCCACGAGUUCCGUAGAGACAGUAAUUGUUCGUAAUGGCGUUCCAACGACGAUACAGAAGUCUGUGACGAUCGAAGAUAGAUCUAAGAGUCCCGAGAAGAAAGCGUUGGAACAUAAAGGGUUGCAACCAGAAGACUUCAAGUCGCCUGACAAACGUCCUAAGAGCCCCAGUAAAAUUGACAGCUCUUUUAGACCGUCCAAACCAGGUGCUUCAACGUGGGAUGGUUCGUUUGUUUACGAAAAACCAGCAAAAAAGCCUACCGAUAAGAAACCAUCGACAGACGUUUCACGUCGUCCUACCGAUGAACGAGCUCCCAUUCGAACGUCGCCAGUAGAUAAUGGAAAAUUGUCAGAAGAUAAGAAACCGACUUAUCUCACUGAAAAAUCUAUCACUUUAUCGGACACUACAAUGGAGACUUCUGAAUUUGUCACGUCGACGACGCUUGAACGAACUCUGGCUUCAGAUUCCGAAGUUCUUAAUUCGUCCAAGGUCUCUACAACGAUAUUUCAUGAAAUCGACGAUAAAAAACGCACUGCAGAUACCGAAAGAGAACUUCGAAGAGAGGUUCCUCGAUCACCAUCUGGAAAACAUCCUGAAGACGGGAGAAAGUCUCCUGAAAGACGUCCUAAGAGUCCUGAGAAAAGUCCGGUGGAUAGAUCUAUGAGACCGACUAAACCAGGCGCGUCAACUUGGGAUGGUUCGUUUGUGUAUGAGAAACCACAAGACCAGAAGAAGAAACCGACUGACCAACAGAAGGAACCAGUAGACGAAAAAAAGAGACCAAGAGAAUCUCCUACAAGAGAUGAACCUAAAGACAGACCAAGUUCUGUCGUGCCGAAAGACGAUACCACGAAAAUUUCAAUCGUGAAACAUGAUGUGACGGACACCAGGAAGGAUGUCAUGGAUAUUGAUAUAGUUCAGAAAUCUUCUUACGUAAUCGAUCAGUCGUCGUUCACCUCGGUGCAGGACGUUCGCAACGUGUUAGAGGAACGUGUCAUCAGCGAAUUUACAACGGACACGCGUAAAGAUGUGAGAGAUGUCACCAAGUCAACGACCGAAUUCAUCGACAACGAGCAGGUGACUAGUAUGGUAGCGCGGGAUGUCGUUGAUGACACCAGGUUCGACAGAUUCACCACCUCGACUCCCAAAUCUCCAGCUGAUACUCCGCAGAAAGGAUCGCCGGAACGACCUGGUUAUCCGCGAGGAAUCCCUGGACUGCGGGAAGACGAUCGACCAAAACCGAUUCCAGCAGCUGGGAAGCCGAGCCGACCUCCGCAACGAGAACAGAGUCCCGGGGAAAGAUAUACUGGCGCCAGGCCACAGACUCCAGGAAAAGUUCGUGACUAUGUAUCCCCGACAAGAAAACCAGUGCCCGCGGCAGGGAAACCAAGUCGCCCCGAGGAAAGACCUGGCAAGGUACCACGUGCCGAUGAAACGGUGCCAGGCGCCAGCAAACCGACGCAACCCGAUGAGCAACCAAAGGGACCUGGGAAACCCGAUGAAAGGCCAGCCGCUGGAAAACCGAGCCGACCGGAGGAUAAACCGGAGAGAUUUGAUGACAAGCCGAAGAGAGGAGAUCAGACGCCUGACUCCCUCGAGGAGGACGAUGUUCAGCCCGAAAAACUACCCAACUACAUACUGUCCAAGAUCCCUCUGAAGGAGCAAUGCAUCUGCGAACUCUGCACCUGCGGACGACAUCGCUGUCCGCACAAUCUGCCACAAGAUCACCUUGAGAUUCCUCGAGAUGGCCCCGUCCACGCGGUGACUUCCUAUCGCGAGGAAUUCGAUGAGAAACACGUCGACAGGCAGACCGUGUACCACCACGAAGACCAUCUUCGGAUGGAAGGAGAAUUCAUCGGAGAGAGGCGAACAGACUAUGUGGUGACAAGGGGCGAGAGAGCACCGGUAAGGAAACCGCAGGAUAACCUGAAACCGGAGGGUGAGUUCAUCGGUAGACCCAAGGAGGAAGCUCCAACGAAAGGAGAGAAAGCUCCGGUGAAAAAGCCGCAGGAUAACUUGAAGCCAGAAGGCGAAUUCAUUGGAAGACCGAAGGAAGAAGCCCCGAAAUAUGGAGAUCGAACGCCUGUCAGGCGACCUCAGGAUAAUCUCAGACCGGAAGGAGACUUCGACAGUACAACCACCACGGAGCUGGUGUUCACCGGUACACCCGGUGAACGUCCCAGACCAGUACGUCGCAACACCUAUACAAAGGUCGAGGGUGAAUUCAUCGACUCGACCACUACAAGAUCCGAAUACGUCGAUCAUCGAACGGUUCAACGUGCCGAGAUCAUCAAACGUACGGAUAACCUCACAGUGGGAGAGGGUGAAUUCACAGGUACCUCUCAUCAUAAAGAGGAUUUCCACACGUACGACAUAGUUGAGAGGACACCUCGACGACGACUCGACUACACCGACGAGGAUGACCGCUUCUAUGGCAAGACCGAUAUCGUGGAAAGCACCACAACGACUCAGGAACAGUAUCAAAGUUUCGAUCAAACCGACUAUAGAAGCACUGCCGUGAUUAGACGAGACGAUAAUUUGAGACCAGAAGGACCGUUUGAAGGAGUGCCUCAUACUAAGGACGACUACGUUGUGCCACAGAUAAUGAAGAGACCGGAACCGCAGAAACCCAAGGACAAUUUGCGACCUGAAGGACCGUUCGAAGGAAGACCGAAAGACGAUUAUAAACCAACCGGAGGCGAAAGAGCAGACGUGAAGAGACCACAGGAUAACUUGAAGCCCGAAGGACCGUUCGAAGGACGUCCAAAAGACGAUUAUUCACCGAAAACAGCUGAACGCCCGGAAGUUAAGAGACCCGAGGACAACUUGAGACCAGAAGGGCCAUUCGAAGGACGACCUAAAGACGACUAUAAACCUACUAGAGGAGAUAGAGCAGAUAUCAAGAGACCUGAAGAUAAUUUAAGACCCGAAGGACCAUUCGAAGGACGCCCUAAGGAUGAUUUCAUGCCUAAAACAGCGGAAAGACCAGAAGUAAGGAGGCCUCAGGAUAACUUGCGACCUGAAGGACCAUUCGAAGGGCGCCCGAAGGAUGAUUUCACACCGAAAACAGCUGAACGUCCGGAAGUGAAGAGGCCACAAGAUAAUCUGAGACCCGAAGGUCCGUUCGAAGGACGUCCAAAGGAUGAUUUUUCACCGAAGCGAGGUGAAAGACCAGAGGUUAGAAGACCUGAGGAUAAUUUGAGACCGGAAGGACCGUUCGAAGGUCGACCUAAAGACGAUUACAAACCAACCAGAGGCGAAAGAGUUGAUGUUAAGAGGCCUGAAGAUAAUCUGAGACCCGAAGGACCGUUCGAGGGGCGUCCAAAGGAUGAUUUCUCACCAAAAAUAGCUGAACGUCCGGAAGUAAAGAGACCACAGGACAAUUUGAGACCCGAAGGACCAUUCGAAGGACGUCCAAAGGAUGAUUUCUCACCCAAACGAGGUGAAAGACCAGAAGUUAGAAGACCUGAGGACAAUUUGAGACCAGAAGGACCUUUCGAAGGCAGACCCAAGGAUGAUUACAAACCAACGAGAGGCGAAAGAGCUGAUGUUAAGAGGCCUGAAGAUAAUCUGAGACCAGAAGGACCGUUCGAAGGACGUCCAAAGGAUGACUUUACACCAAAAACUGCUGAACGUCCGGAAGUAAGGCGGCCACAGGAUAAUUUGAGACCCGAAGGUCCGUUCGAAGGUAGACCUAAAGAUGAUUAUAAACCAACCAGAGGCGAAAGAGCCGAUGUUAAGAGGCCUGAAGAUAAUCUGAGACCCGAAGGACCGUUCGAAGGACGUCCAAAGGAUGACUUCACACCAAAAACAGCUGAACGUCCGGAAGUGAAGAGACCACAGGACAAUUUGAGACCCGAAGGACCAUUCGAAGGACGUCCAAAGGAUGAUUUUUCACCCAAACGAGGUGAAAGACCAGAAGUUAGAAGACCUGAGGAUAAUUUGAGACCAGAAGGACCUUUCGAAGGCAGACCCAAGGAUGAUUACAAGCCAACCAGAGGCGAAAGAGCUGAUGUUAAGAGGCCUGAAGAUAAUCUGAGACCAGAAGGACCGUUCGAAGGACGUCCAAAGGAUGACUUUACACCAAAAACUGCUGAACGUCCGGAAGUAAGGCGGCCACAGGAUAAUUUGAGACCCGAAGGUCCGUUCGAAGGUAGACCUAAAGAUGAUUAUAAACCAACCAGAGGCGAAAGAGCCGAUGUUAAGAGGCCUGAAGAUAAUCUGAGACCCGAAGGACCGUUCGAAGGACGUCCAAAGGAUGACUUCACACCAAAAACAGCUGAACGUCCGGAAGUGAAGAGGCCGCAGGACAAUUUGAGACCCGAAGGACCAUUCGAAGGACGUCCAAAAGAUGAUUUUUCACCCAAACGAGGUGAAAGACCAGAGGUUAGAAGACCUGAGGAUAAUCUGAGACCGGAAGGGCCGUUCGAAGGUCGACCUAAAGAUGAUUUCUUGCCGAAAUCGGCGGAAAGGCCAGAAGUGAGAAGACCUCAGGAUAAUUUAAGACCUGAAGGACCAUUCGAAGGACGACCCAAGGAUGAUUAUGUACCAACCAGAGGUGAACGUGCGGACGUGAAACGUCCAGAAGAUAAUUUGAGACCAGAGGGUCCGUUCGAAGGAAGACCUAAAGAUGAUUUCUCACCGAAAAUAGCUGAACGUCCAGAGGUAAAGAGACCACAAGAUAAUUUGAGACCGGAAGGUCCAUUCGAAGGACGUCCUAAGGACGAUUUCACACCGAAAACAGCUGAACGUCCAGAAGUCAAAAGACCACAGGACAAUCUUCGACCUGAAGGACAGUUUGAAGAUCGACCAAGACACGAAUAUACCCCUGGUGAGAGACGUACACCUAUUAAACAUCCAGAUAACUUGUAUCCAGAAGGAGAAUUCGAGAGACCAUCGCCUGUUCCUUAUGGUCCCGGCGAAAGAGCGCCGAUUGUCCGACAUCCGGAUGAGCUGUUUCCUGAAGGCGAUUUUCCAGGUAGAGAACGUGUUCCAUUCGUCCCAGCUGAACGUAGAACGCCCAUUAAGCACGAUGAUAACCUUCGCCCUGAGGGACCUUUCGAAGGAAGACCUAAAGAUGAUUUCUCACCGAAAACAGCUGAACGUCCGGAAGUGAGGAGGCCUCAGGACAAUUUGAGAUCAGAAGGUCCUUUCGAAGGAAGACCUAAAGACGAUUACAAACCAACUAGAGGAGAACGUGCCGACGUAAAACGUCCUCAAGAUAAUUUGAAACCUGAAGGACCCUUCGAAGGUCGUCCAAAAGAUGAUUUCUCUCCAAAAACAGCCGAACGUCCCGAGGUUCGAAGACCUCAGGACAAUUUGUAUCCUGAAGGCGAAUUCGAGAGGCCAGAAAAGCCUACGGUUGGUCCAGCAGAGAAACGUACACCGAUUAAACAUCCGGAUAACCUCAAACCCGAAGGAGAAUUCGUUGGUAAGCCUAAAGAUGAUUUCACUCCUACUAAAGGCGACAGAGCUGUUGUUAAAAGACCUGAAGACAAUUUGAAACCAGAAGGUCCAUUCGAGGGCAGGCCUAAGGACGACUAUCAACCGGUUCAUGGCGAACGAAUGGAUAUCAUCAGACGCACGGACAACCUUCGAAUGGAAGGUAACAUCGAAACUUACAGAUCAAGAGACGAAUAUACGGACUUCUUAAUUCGUGAGAGAGCCGAAGUUACCAAGUAUCAAGACAAUUUGCGUAUGGAAGGCGAAUUUACCGAUGUUAGGACCAGAGACGAUUUUAAGGUUGUAAGGGGCGAGAGAGUUGAUAUCGUGAAGCAUCCUGACAAUUUAAGACCGGAGGGUCCAUUCGAGGGUCGUCCAAAGGACGAUUAUUCUCCUAAGAGAGCAGAGAGACCGGAAGUAAAGAGACCAGAAGAUAAUCUCAAACCAGAAGGAGAAUUUAUUGGCAGACCAAAAGAGGAAGCGCCUAAACAAGGUGAGAGAGCUCCGAUUAAGAAACCUAAAGACAAUUUGCGACCUGAAGGGGAAUUUGAGAGGCCAGAGAAGCAACCUGUUGGUCCUGCUGAAAAGAGAACUCCGAUCAAACAUGCUGAUAAUUUGAAACCAGAAGGGGAAUUUGAAAGACCUAAACCAGAAGAGUUUAGACCCGCUGAAAGGCCAAUUGUCAAGAAACCAACAGACAAUCUAAAACCAGAAGGAGACUUCGUUGGUCGGCCCAAAGAGGAAGCACCGCGAAAAGGCGAAAGAGCGGACGUAAAGAGACCAAAGGACAAUUUAUAUCCCGAAGGAGAAUUCGAAGUUCCGGAGAGGAAGCCUGUAGGUCCAGCUGAGAGAAGAACACCGAUCAAACACGAGGAUAAUUUGCGCCCUGAAGGUGAUUUUGAAAGACCGCAACCUGAGAAAUUCAGACCUGCCGAGAGACCAGUUGCGAAGAGACCUCAAGACAACUUGAAACCUGAAGGAGAAUUUAUUGGACGACCAAAGGAAGAGUCACCGACUAAGGGAGAGAGAGCCGAUGUUAAGAGACCAGAAGAUAACCUGAAACCAGAAGGUGAUUUCGAAAGACCUGAGAAGCAACCCUUGGGGCCAGCUGAGAAACGUACUCCUAUUAAACAUCCUGAUAACUUGAAACCUGAAGGCGACUUCAUCGGAAAGCCAAAAGAAGAAGCUCCUAAACGCGGAGAACGCGCAGAUAUUAAGAGACCACAAGAUAAUCUACGUCCGGAAGGUGAAUUUGAGAAACCAGAAAAAUCUCCAGUGAAACCUGCUGAGAGAAGAUCUCCGAUUAAACAUCCCGAUAAUUUGAAACCUGAAGGAGAAUUCGUUGGUAGACCAAAGGACGAUUACAAACCGACUAGAGGAGAACGCGCCGAUGUUAAAAGACCCGAGGAUAAUCUUAAACCCGAGGGACCAUUCGAAGGUCGUCCAAAAGACGAUUUUGUUCCCGUUCGUGGUGAACGAGUAGAUAUCGUCAAACGUACGGACAACUUGCGAAUGGAAGGAAAUAUAGAGACUUACAGGUCCAGAGAUGAAUAUACGGACUUCUUAAUUCGCGAAAGAGCCGAGGUCACUAAAUAUCAGGACAAUUUGCAUAUGGAGGGCGAGUUCACUGAUAUCAGAACGAGAGACGAUUUCAAGGUAGUGAAAGGAGAGCGUGUAGAUAUCGUGAAACAUCCGGAUAAUCUGAAACCGGAAGGUCCGUUCGAGGGUCGACCGAAAGACGAUUACUCACCUAAAAAAGCAGACAGACCAGAGAUCAAAAAACCAGAGGACAAUCUGAAACCCGAGGGAGAAUUCGAAAGACCUGAAAAGAAACCUGUUGGUCCAGCGGAAAGACGUUCACCUAUAAAACACGAUGACAAUUUGAAACCUGAAGGUGAAUUUAUCGGACGUCCGAAGGAGCAGGCACCGAAGAAAGGUGAAAGAGCAGACGUGAAGAAGCCAAAGGACAAUCUGAAACCGGAAGGUACCUUUGACAGGCCAGAGAAGAAGCCGAUGGGUCCUGCUGAGAGGCGCAGUCCGAUUAAACAUCCGGAUAAUUUAAAAACACAGGGAGAAUUCGUUGGUCGUCCUAAGGAAGAAACGCCAUUGAAGGGCGAACGUGCGGAUAUUACCAGACCGAAGGAUAAUCUAAGACCGGAAGGGGAAUUCCAGAGACCGCAGAAGUCGCCUGUUGGUCCAGCCGAGAAGAGAACGCCUAUACGUCACGAAGACAAUCUUCAUCCUGAAGGAGAAUUCGUAGGAAGACCUAAAGACGACUUUACUCCAAAACGGGUUGAUAGGCCGGUUCAGAAGAAGCCAAAGGAUAACUUGAAACCGGAGGGUGAAUUCAUAGGCAAGCCUAAGGAUGAUUAUAAGCCUACAAAGGGCGAGAGAACAGAGAUAGUCGUUCACAGAGAUAAUUUGAAAAUGGAGGGUGAUAUGGAUGUACGUCGGUCAAGAGACGAUUACAGGACGAUCACCAAGGUGGAAAGAGUCGAUGUAGUUCGUCGAGAGGAUAACCUGAAGAUGGAGGGCGAAUUCGUGGAUAUUCGAAGGCGAGAUGACUACAGAGUGACGCGCGGUGAACGUAGCGAGAUUAUUAGACACGAAGAUAAUUUGAGACCCGAAGGAGAAUUCGAUAGACCCGAUACGUGUCCGAUUGGUCCAGCUGAGAGAAGAACGCCUAUCAAGCAUCCUGAUAAUUUAAAACCUGAAGGCCAAUUCGCUCAGCGUCCUAAAGCUCCUACGCCAACCAAAGGAGAAAGGGCUCCGAUUAAGAAACCUAAAGAUAAUCUUAGACCCGAAGGAGAAUUCGACAGACCCGAGAAGGCGCCUGUUGGUCCUGCAGAGAGAAGAACACCGAUUAAACAUCCUGAUAAUUUGCACCCAGAAGGAGAUUUUAUUGGAAGGCCAAGACAAGACACGCCAACUAAAGGGGAUCGAGCUGACGUGAAGAGACCAAAGGACAAUUUACAUCCUGAAGGUGAUUUCGCUAAACGAACGCCUCAGAAGGUUGGUCCAGCUGAGAGACGCACACCGAUUCGUCACGAGGACAACCUUCAUCCCGAAGGAGACUUCUAUAUGGUGCCUAAAGACGAUUUCACACCUAAGAGAGGCGAACGAGCGCCUGUUAGAAAGCCGCAAGAUAAUCUGAGGCCAGAAGGCGAGAUGGAUGUCAGUCCAUCUUCUAAAGAUGACUAUAGACACGUGAACGGAGAACGAGUGGAAGUUCGUCGACACGAGGAUCAUCUGAGAAUGGAAGGAGAGAUAGACGUUCGUAGAUCCAGGGACGAUUACAAGAAGAUCACGAAGGUGGAAAGAGUGAAUGUUAGGAAGCACGAGGAUAACCUCAAGAUGGAAGGUGAAUUUAUCGAUGUACGCAGGAAAGAUGAUUACACGUACGUAGUCAGCGAACGUACGCCGGUUAAAAAGCAUCCUGACAAUCUUCGACCGGAAGGAGACUUCGAAAGGCCUGGAAAGUCUCCUCUGGGACCAGGUGAAAGACGUUCGCCUAUUAAACAUCCCGAUAACCUGAGACCAGAAGGUGAUUUCGAGCGUAGGACACCGGAGAAGGUUGGUCCGAUAGAACGUCGAUCUCCAAUUCGUCAAGUGGACAAUUUGAAACCAGAAGGAGACUUCGUCGGAAGACCUCGCGACGAUUUCACACCGAAGAGAGGAGAAAGAGCGGAGGUAAUUCGUCGAGAGGAUAACUUGAAGAUGAUCGGCGAGUUCCAAGACUCCACUUCCCAGAGAUCCACGUACACGGUGGUUCGUGGAGAACGCGCUGAGAUAAAACGUCACGAGGAUAAUUUGAAGGUGAGCACAGGUGCCAUGGAAACGAAGACAACCUCCAGAGACACGUUUACGCCAGCUAAGAAAGAAGUUUCUCCGCCUGGUAGAGCUGUAACUCGCAGACAUCACAUGGAGUCUUCGAUUACCUUAGGAGACGACACUUCUACGAUGUCUACGACUACUCAGAGAAACUACAACACUUUCACCAAACGCACUGCCAAGGAAGUUGCCGCAAAGAUAAACAGCAUGGAAACAGAUACCAGGAGAAACGUUUCAUCUGAAUCGAAGACCCUGGAAAAUGGAACGACGAUUACGACUACGAAGAGAACGAGUGGAGAGAGAAUCUCAUCGACUCAGAACGUUCAGCACCAAUCUCAACGUGUGAUAACGGAGCAUCGUGCCAUACAACCCGAUGGUCCUCAGCCAGACUCUAGAAAGUCUCUGUCACCUGUUUCAGGCAAUCAGCACUACAUAAGCGAACACCAUCAAAGAGCACAGUCAAGCGAAAGACAUUUAAGAUCGCAGAAUGUGACUCAAACGCGACGAGUUAUCGACGACAGGUCUCUCGCGGAUGUGCAAAACCACCAGGGUGUCAUGGUCGAUGGAAGAUACAGCGAACAACAGAGGCAGCAAAUCGAAAAACAUCAGCAAGAGACAAGCAAAAGGGACUACGUUAACACUCAGCACAUCGAGUCUCGACAGACUGCGACCAGACAGAAGCAGCAACACGAACAGCACACAGUUUCCAGCCAAGCUCGCUAUAAUUCCAACCAGACGAGCAGUGCCGAGUUCAGGCAAGCCAUCAGCGGCCAAUCUAUGGAGAAAUUGCAAAUGGACGGUGCUGUGACGAAGACCAGUCACCACAGGAAGAACGUAAUCUCUUCAUCGUCCGCGGACGUUACUAAUUCGGUUCUUCACAGACGCAGAGCCACUUCGUCCACGGAGGCUCUUCACACGAUCUCUUCUACAGCCGCUGAUCAAAAGAAGAGUAUCUCGAAUUUGGCAGAGAGCGGCCAGUACAUCAGCAAUUCGAGUCAGAGCAGCGAUCGACGUAGUUUGACCUCUUUACAUCGCAGCACUAAAGAAGGAAAUCCUUGGGCGUCGUCGACCUACGAACGUCCACAGAGAAUCGUUCGACAGGACAAUUUAACAGUAGGUGGCAAGUUCUAUUCUCACAGUGAGGCGAAGAAUUAUGGAAAUUUCACCAGUCAAAAGGUAGAAAGAGUACAGAGACAGGCAAACGUCUCGCACAUCAAUUUAGGAGAUGGAAGCAUGGUCACUUCGAGCAUGUACAAGAAGGAGUACACGCCCAGACACAAAGGACCCUGUCCUGCGGCGCUUAUCGAGGCUAAACAGACGCCUUUCAAGCACACCAGAGACACGCAGAAGCACAAGUUCUAUAUGCCCGUCAUCUCUAAUUAAAAUAAGUUUCCUUUUCUGCCAUAGAGAUUAUACGAUAAAUGCAACUGUAACAGUCGAAGGGUCUCGAGAUAUUAUUUGUUUCUUUUCGCGAGGUUUUUCAGUACAUUUAAUAUUUUCUUCUGGAUGAAGCGUACAGUACUGGUCGGAAAUUUGGAAUCAUUGUAAUUGAAUGAUUUAAGAAUUUUGCGUUAACCGGGAAAGCUCUCUCGUUGAAGAUUUAUCUAAGCGAAAGGAAUCAUUGUCGAUAUUUACAGUAUUAAUUUCGAAUCGAUAUCGAAACCGGUAGAGUCCGAGAUUUAAAAAGAAAUCUCGGCUGGGAAUUUUCUAUUAUUUUAAAAACUUGUUUCGCUAAAUAUUUAUUCAAAUGACGGAAAUUGCUAUUAAUACGUAAAGCGUGGAUUUCAAAGUAACACGAAAAUUAGCGAAAAUUUCGAUGUAAAUGCAAUUAAAAAAGUACGUAAUUCCAAAUUUGUGAUCGGUAGCGUACACUCCAAACAUCGGAGGUUCGUUAUACAUCUCGAUUGGGAUUAGGUCUAAGCUAAAUUUGCGGGCUGUGAUGAACUCGUGUCGUUCGAUAUUUAUUUCGUCAAGAAUCUCUAGAUAUCCCGUUCGUCGCUCUGUAAUCGGCGUGAUCGUUGCAACAGAGGAUCGAUACCGACAUAUGGAACUGUGUGAAUUACUUCUAAAAGUACACUUUUAUGCGCGUAAACGUAUACAUACAUAAAAUAUAUACAUACACACAUAUGCAUAUAUCCGUACCAUGUCAAUAUAAUGAUAGUUUUAUCCUUCGAAAAGGAUAAGGUGAGCGCGAUGUUGAAAAAAGUACUUUGUCGAUAUAAAAAUGGUUAUCGAUCAAAAAAAAAAAAAAAAAAAUGACUAAUGAUACUUGAACUGAGAGAUGCGGAUGCGAGAUGACAUGCAGAUGAAAAAUCGAGUUAAGAUUUAUUUUCACCUUAAGCCACGUGUAUUACAAAGCAAUAACUAGAGCUUAAAUCCGUGAUACGGACGAAUCUGAUUGAAACAUUAGGUUCGACCGAUAUUUAGAAUAGAUGCGACGUUUCAAGUCGCACGUAGCGUUCUUUCUCGACCAGCUUCGUUUUUAUAUUUAACCGUUUCUUUCGCCUUGCUGACAAAUAGACUGCGGAUGCUUAUGCAUUUGUGGAAAAUUUAACAGUAGGAAAAUGCAUAUAACGCGCGGGAACAUCUGAUAUAUCCGUCACAGGUGAGAAAUACGACGGUUUUUUUUUUUAUAAUAAAGCAAAUUUAUAUUAAAACUGUUUUUCGCGCAUGAUUUUCGGGCUACUGUCAUUUUCCUGAAAUUCGAUUAAAUUAGCUGAUAUUCCUUCCUUACGAUAUAUCCAUCGACUAUCGUCGACAAGCUUACGCGUAUCUGCGAAUCUACGUAUCAACUUAUGCCUUUCUUUAGCUGUUUCAUAUCAAAACGAGAUUUUUCGUUUUAAAAAAUAUAUGAAAUCGUUCGAUAAAAAUCGGAAAAUAAAAAAAAAAGAACGGACUUGUCGUACUUUUCCCCCGUAGUCCUCGUAUUUAACGAAUGAAAAAGAAAUCUUACGUUGCAUCAUUCUACUUGUACUCGUAGAAAGUAUGAAAAUAUCAAUUACGGUAUAAACAUCCACAGUCUACCGAUAACCGUAUCAUCCCCCGUCCUCUAUGUUUUCUUUAACAACCCCGUGAUUUACAUUAACCCUCAGUAUCGUUCGAAUAGACGAGUCAUGUACGUUGCGACGUUAACAUUUCCGGCAGGGCUUCGCGAAGAAGUCGAGCGUUUUCCGGUUUCAUCGGUUCGUUCGACGCUACGAUGCUUGUUCCCGUUAUGGAACGAAUUAUUAUAUUAUUCAUUUUUUGUUUCCUAUCUUUUUUUAUUCUUUCGCCUUUUUACUUUGAUCCGUUUACACCAGGUGUUAUGUGUUGUCGAUCGAAUAAAAAUGUUUCGCAAUUACUUCUUGACCUUGCAUUUCCCCUCCUCGAGUACCACUUCGGUUAUUCUCUGGCUUUUCUUUCAAUUGUAUUUUAUAUAAUCGUUGCAUUUAGUCCUUUUGAUAACGUUUAAAUCGUAAUAGAUGAUCGUCUGAUAGGUGAUAGAUUAUACGCGUAGGUGUAUGGUUACACGUAACUGCAUUCGAGUCACGAAACAAGAUUUUCAUUUCACCAGACCAAGAGCUGUUCGCGAGGAAUGUGAACAACGAGAGCUCCAUGGACUUGGCUACAGUUUCUUUUAUUUUAUUCGAAGACCACGAGGAAAGAAUACGAUAAGCGGUGUAUAUCUUUAAACCUGAGAAAUUGUGUCGCUUCUUAGCCGCCAGCUGACAUCGAGAAACUAAGAGCUCGGUAAAAAUAAACUUGUCACGUUUUCCCCGUGUGCUCUUCGUUUUCCUACACGUAUAACUAACUCGUUCUGUUAACCUGAUUUAAGUAGAUGAUUACACGUUCAACUUAUAUUUUAUGCGUUUAGCCUUUUCUUACUAAUUCUACAGCGAACGAUGAACAACUCGAGUAUGUAUACUAAGAUUUACGUAUCAUCGAGUGAAAGAAUUCUAUCGUAACACUUACAGAAGCAAACAGGAUCACGAUGACACCGAUCGCAUUAAGAUGUUGUAAAUACGUGCGAUCGAAUUUAUCAGCGUUGUCAACGAAACUAGAAAGCAACCGUUUGUUAUAAAAUGUUUGUAUCCGAAGUUAUUAUCACGACUUCGUCGAAUGAGUUUCUACGGAUUGUAACAAUGCGGACAAGUGGAAGAGAAGUGAGAAACAUCGUUCGAAUAUGGUUUAUGUGUAAGUAGGUAUAACGUGUCAUCGUGUCUAAUUCGUAAUAAAGAAAUUAUUUUCUGUAUCG